AUGGGCAUGCAAGGUCCCCUAACCGCCCAAGCCUUGGGCCGGUCACCAUAUGACGAUGUUAUUCAGGGCGAAGGCCCAGAGGAUCACCGUCAUCCACAACAGCAAUAUGAUCAAAGAGGCCGUCCUGUAAACCCGGAUACCAAGAGAAUCAACCGCGAGAUUGUGCGAUCGCACAAUGAGGUCAUGUUGGUGAUUGGUGUUGCGGAGCCGGAAAAUCCGAAUAAAAGCCCAGAAGCAGAAUCGCAAAGGAGACAUGAUGCACACGAAGAAGAAGUUGGUCGCAGGCUCGAUUCUCACGCCAGGCGCGCCAUGGAAAUGGUUGGGCUGUUUGGUAUUCAUGGCAUUCGUCAACGCAUCCUUGUAUAUCGCGACUAUUCAAAAGUCCCGUAUUGGCAAUUUUGGCAGCAAAGGAACGAGUUCUCCUGGAAAAGAGAUGUCAUACCUGGCGCAGCUGCUGGGCUGUUCACUAAUUAUCUAGACCGCGCCUUGUUUCGAGUAUGGCUCGGGGAUAGAGAAAAGAUUGUGGCGCGUCGCAUCCCGAAGUUUGGUCGCAGAUAUUUAAAAGGCUUCCAAGCACCGCUUUUCGGGGCCGCAGAGUACUGCUUCCCCCAGCACCACCACCAGAAGAAGCUGGCCCGUCUCUGCCUGAGCAAACCGCCAUCGAACAAGAGCCGGAGGCACUUGAAGACGCAGGACUCGUAUAUGAAUCGAGAAGACGAUUAUGCGACAGACGAAGACGACAGCGAGCGAGUCAACACCACGCUGAUAAGCUUCGACGUCGAGGCCACAGAAGCAAGCCCAGACGCGCCACCCGGGUUAUGGUCUGCCGAGUUGCGCCCUAGUCAGGCAGCUGAUGCAAAAGCCGAUGCCCAACCGGUCUACCUGGACACUCUGCUUACGCAGCUACCUGCGCUGCUGGCCGCCAAUAUAUACACAGACACGACUCUUAGGCUGUUGAUGGCAGCCUACGAAGCAACCGCAUUGAGGCUUAUGGCGCGCUACCAUAGACUACGCUAUGGCCUGCCAUGUGACGACAUAUAUGUGCCCAAUGUUCUCAGCGAGUUGUCGUGGCGCGCAGUAACCCACUUGGUAGGCGCGGAGCUGAUGCACCUGGCUAUAUCUGGCGAGAUUUGGGCUUUCUUCACUGGGCUCGCACAGUAUUACCACAUGUCCGAUAAAGAAUGGAAAGAAGCCGAGGCUAAGAGACUCGAAGAUGAGCAAGCAGGGGACCCUGCAGCUCCUGUACUAUAG